CUUGGAUUGUUCGGAUUUUCUGUCAGAACAUUUAAGAUUAAUGGCUUACUCCGUUAAUGACUGCCGGCGUCAAACGUAGGUGCUGCCAUGAUUUGUGAGGUGCGGAGAGCAUUCUGAUGUUCACGGACAAUACAAGAAGCGCGGAGCUGCUGCACACAGAGUGAUAUCAAAAUAUUAUGCAGAAUGCAGAAAUAAACAAAUAGAGAGUGUAAAUAAAACUCUCCCGUUGGAAUUAGGCGUUUCAUACGGACUUUUUGGAUCGAUCAAACAGACGGUGGCCUCUUUUGAUUAAACCCCAAAUUGUCAUUGGGCAGAGGUAAUCAUGUGACGAGCAUUUCGGUCUAAUUUCAACCUUGUCUCCAUCAAUGCAAUAGUUUAACAGCAGCACCAUCCCAAUUCAGCUGUAAACAUCGAAUUGGAUAAAUGAGGUUUUAAAUAUUUCUAUUUCUGCAAUAAAUUUAAGGUAAUUGGGGACUUUAAAAAUCUGUAACGGUGAGGAGAUGAAUUACGAAUUUGAGCAGGAGAGCGGUUUUAUCAACAGUCAACCGUCGCUUGCUGAGUGCCUGACGUCUUUCCCCCCUGUCAGUGAUUCAUUUCAGAGUUCAUCAAUCAAGAGCUCGACGCUUUCACUCUCCACGCUCAUUCCUCCUCCUUUUGAGCAGACCAUUCCCAGCUUAAACGCCGGCAGUCAUCCCGGCCACGACCGGCCCAAACACAGCCUCAAUGGCUGCAGCCCCUUGCCGGCCGCAUCCCUUCCCCCGGAGUAUCCAUGGAUGAAAGAGAAAAAAACCACCAAGAAAAAUCCCAUUUCCGUCUCUGCUGCAGCGGCCGUCGAGUCCGGACCGGUUUGCUUUUCUCUAAAAGAUGCAAACGAUAUUGCCGAGAAUAGCAGCGCGGCAUCUCGCAGAUUGAGGACCGCAUACACCAACACGCAACUUCUGGAGCUGGAGAAAGAAUUUCAUUUCAACAAGUAUUUAUGCAGACCCAGGAGGGUAGAGAUCGCAGCGUCUUUGGAUUUAACUGAAAGGCAGGUUAAAGUCUGGUUUCAGAAUAGGAGGAUGAAACACAAGCGGCAGACGCAAUGCAAGGAGAACCAUAAUCUGGAUGGGAGACUCAUUCGUGUAGAAGAGGCAGGAAACACUGAGAAGUCAGUACUGGAACAGACCAUAAACAAUGUGUCCGGGGCUCUUUUGGAAAGUGAGGACUACUUGUUUGAUGAAAACAACGAUUCUCCUGAUGUUCCCCAAGAUAUGCACCCUGGAGAUUACCAGAACUUUAUCCACUCGCCUAUAAACAGCAGUGACGAAAAUCUGAAACAUUUCUCGAACCAAUCACCCUCCGGCCAAGUCUGUAUCUCGACCAUGGGAUCAGGGAGCUCGUCCGACAUGGACAACUGCAGCCCCCCGGCCCUGGAUCUCUCUCCUUUUCAGGACUUGCAAAUUUUCUCGCCAGAUCCAUGUCUACACCUUUCAAAUUCCAUGUCCCCCAGUUUGUCAAAAUCUCUGGAUGGCUCUGUGGACAUAUCCAAGGACAGCUUAGAUUUUUUCUCAGACACACUUACAGCUAUCAAUAUGCAACAAAUGGAUUAUUAAAUCACAUAGAAUCAUUCCUGUCAAUUCGAAAGUGCAAAUUAACUUGUUGGCUAGAAAAAUUCUCUUGUAAUUUUAUUUAUGACAUUGUUUAUUAAUGAAAACGAUAUGAGGUAAGUUUGAAUUAAAAUCGUUACAUCUGGAAAGGGUAGAGAUACAAAACCACGAUCGUAUAGUUUUGUAUUAAUAUUUUUACAAUAAAAUUUCACAGCUUUCAAAACUUUGAAACAGUAUAUAGGCUCAUCAGUCCUGUUUAAAACUACAUAUUAAAAGUACGUGUCUACACAGUAA